AUGGGCAAGAUCCGCACCAAGACGGUGAAGCGCGCGUCGAAGCAGCUGGUGGAGAAGUACUUCACCAAGCUGAACAAGGACUUCUACCAGAACAAGCGCCUCGUCAUGGACGUCACCAUCGCCCGCUCCAAGAAGCUGAAGAACAAAAUCGCCGGCUACGCGACGCACAUCAUGAAGCGCCUCGCCCGCGGCCCGGUCCGCGGCAUCUCGCUGAGGCUGCAGGAGGAGGAGCGCGAGCGGCGCAUGGACUACGUGCCGGAGGUGUCGCACGUCGACCAGGCCAUCCAGGACGGCGUGCACGUCGACAAGCAGCGCUCAGCAUGCUGA